CCGCUUCCGGGUUUUGGUGCGGGCGGGCGCUGCGUGUUUGCUCCUCCCCCCGAGCCCUGUAUCUCUCCGGGCUAUCGCUAUGCGCAGACUCGGCUCCUGGCUCAAGAUGGCGGCGGCGGAUAAACAGAAACAUGAACACGGGCGGGUGAAGAUCGGGCACUACAUCCUGGGGGACACGCUGGGCGUGGGCACCUUCGGCAAAGUCAAGGUUGGCAAACAUGAGCUGACUGGGCACAAAGUGGCAGUGAAGAUAUUGAAUCGACAGAAGAUUCGCAGCCUUGAUGUAGUAGGAAAAAUCCGCAGAGAGAUUCAGAACCUCAAGCUUUUUAGACAUCCACAUAUAAUUAAACUGUACCAAGUCAUCAGUACACCAUCUGACAUUUUCAUGGUGAUGGAAUAUGUUUCUGGAGGGGAACUGUUCGAUUAUAUCUGUAAAAAUGGAAGGCUUGAUGAGAAGGAGAGUAGACGUUUAUUCCAGCAAAUCCUUUCUGGUGUGGAUUAUUGUCACAGGCAUAUGGUUGUACAUAGAGACUUGAAACCUGAAAAUGUACUACUUGAUGCACACAUGAAUGCCAAGAUAGCUGAUUUUGGUCUUUCAAAUAUGAUGUCAGAUGGAGAGUUUUUAAGAACAAGCUGUGGUUCCCCUAACUAUGCUGCACCAGAAGUAAUUUCAGGAAGAUUAUAUGCAGGUCCAGAAGUAGAUAUUUGGAGCAGUGGGGUUAUUCUCUAUGCUCUGUUAUGUGGAACCCUUCCAUUUGAUGAUGAUCACGUGCCAACGCUUUUUAAGAAGAUAUGUGACGGUAUCUUUUAUACCCCUCAAUAUCUGAAUCCAUCUGUGAUUAGCCUUCUGAAACACAUGCUGCAGGUGGAUCCCAUGAAGAGAGCUACAAUCAGAGACAUUAGGGAGCAUGAGUGGUUCAAGCAGGACCUUCCCAAGUAUCUCUUUCCUGAAGACCCAUCCUAUAGCUCAAACAUGAUUGAUGACGAAGCCUUAAAAGAAGUGUGUGAGAAGUUUGAAUGCACAGAAGAGGAGGUGCUAAGCUGUUUAUAUAGCCGAAAUCAUCAAGACCCCUUAGCAGUUGCCUAUCACCUCAUUAUAGAUAACAGAAGAAUAAUGAAUGAGGCCAAAGACUUCUAUUUGGCAACAAGCCCACCAGAUUCUUUUCUUGAUGAUCACCAUUUGUCUCGCCCUCAUCCUGAAAGAGUGCCAUUUUUAGUAGCUGAAGCACCACGGCCACGCCACACACUUGAUGAGCUCAACCCACAAAAGUCAAAACACCAAGGUGUAAGAAGAGCUAAGUGGCAUUUAGGAAUUCGGAGUCAAAGUCGACCAAAUGACAUCAUGGCAGAAGUGUGUCGAGCAAUUAAACAAUUGGAUUACGAAUGGAAGGUUGUAAAUCCAUACUACUUGCGUGUUCGAAGGAAGAAUCCAGUGACUAGUACAUAUUCUAAAAUGAGUUUACAGUUAUACCAGGUGGACAGUAGGACGUACUUACUGGAUUUCCGUAGCAUUGAUGAUGAAAUUAUUGAAGCAAAAUCUGGGACUACCACACCGCAGAGAUCAGGUUCUGUGAGCAGCUAUAGAUCUUGUCAGAAGGAGUCUGAUGGUGAUGCACAAGGAAAAUCUGCAGAUCUGUCCCUUACCUCAUCAGUGACAUCUUCAUUUGACUCUUCUUCAGCUGACUUAACCCCAAGAUCAGGGAGUCACACCAUAGAAUUUUUUGAGAUGUGUGCAAAUCUUAUUAAAAUACUUGCACAAUAAUUUUAAAGAUUGGCUUAUUUCUUUUGUAGCAAUAAGCAUGCCUAAAUCAUAGUCAAAUGCUUCCAAUUAUAAUCAAGUUACAAUUAACGAAGGCGCUGAAGACUAGCCACAUAAUGCAGUUUGCACAGGGAUUGAAACAUGAUUAAGAGCAGUUAGAUCUCUAAUACACUGAAGCUGAAGUGAGUUAUGAUUACGUUGUCUACUAUUCAAUAGUAUAAUACAGGUACAAUAAAUUACAGGGCCUUUGGGUGGUUCUCAACAUUUUACACUGAGUGCACAUUAGGCUUCAUAGAACAUUACUGUUAACCAUAGGGACCGUUUUAUUUGUAUUUACACUGGCGGUAGUUUUGUUGCAGUGUAGGUAAAUGUUCACCUACUAGCCCAGUGGCCUAUGACAGUGACUUGUUGGGCACAAUCUGCAAUUGUAGUUUCAAUAUACCAUUCAGUUGUCUUACAGCAGGAACACGUUGAAGCUGCUGUGGUGUUCAUCCCACUUAUAAUUGGCAGUAAAUAGUCAAGCUAGUUUGGGCGAAUAUUUUUAAGCAAAUCAUAACUUACUACUUUUUUUAAUAACUUUGGUAGAUUUUGAUUGUGUAUAUAUUGGAGAGUUCAAACAGUCAGCAUUUCUUAUGAGUUUGAAUACUAAGUAAGCACUAAAGAUGAAAUCCAGUGGGCUAUAUUAGGUCAGUGAAACAAUUGUGGUCCCAUACCACAAGGUUUGAGAAGGCUCAUACAAAGGAGAUUCUUCUGUCUCCUAUGCACCAUGAAACAGUGUUCCACAAGAGGGAAGGCUUUCAGUGGGUUCAUGAACUGUUCGGUUUCACUAGCCCAUUUUAGAGUAGUAGCAGUGGAUCAGCUCCUGGCAUGCUGCUACAGGCUGAGGAUUCCUUAGCCCUAUGUGUGUAUUCCUUAGCCCUAUGUGUGAGUGCUUUUCCAGAAUCUGACACUGAGUUUAUUCUUAAAUUAUCAGUGUUCUUUAUAUCACACGCUGGGUCAGCUAUAGGACUGUAUAGAACUCAUUUUGCAGUUGGAACUAUUUAUCUAGAUUAGGAUGCCCAAAUCAUUUUAUAGCACAUCUUGUUGUUUUUAAUUAAAUGAUUCUAAAGUUAACAGUGCAAUUGAUCAGUCAUAUUUAAACUGAAAUAUACAACUGGUCAAUGCUAAUAAAAGCACGUAAAUUUGAGUGUUAAUAUUCCACUGAACUUUUAACACUUGAUCACAAAUGCUGACAUAAUUGGCAUGAAUAGUUUAAGGCUUCUAAAUUUACCAGGUCUGUUUCAGUUUUUCAGAAAGAAAUUUGAUUUUUUUUAAUUUAGUAUUAGACAAAUCAUAGCACAUGCACAUAAUGAAAACAUUUUAAAUGUUUCUCUGUUUGUAGUUGGAUGUACUUUUGCUCCUUUAACUAUGAUAAAUACAAAUUUGAAGCAAUUUGUUUAUGCCAGAAAAUGUUUAAUCUUACAGUUGAGUUGUAUGUUAACUUCAAAAUGGAGUCUGCUAGAUCUCUUCCUCCCCCUAGUUUUUCUUUACAGUGCCACUUUAUAAUUAAGAGAACCCAAACAUAUAGAGUGAAAUCUUGACCAUACUGAAGUUAAUGGGAGUUUUGCCAGUGAGUUCAAUUUGUCCAGGAUUCACCCGCAGUGAACUGCUAAAUACAGAUGCAGUAAGAAUAGUUUAUCCUUGCAUAGAGUAGUACAAUAAUCUGGGUUAUCUAACUCUAGAAGUUCAUAAGUGUUUCUAAUACGCACUGAGUUUGAAGAAACCUACAGCUGCUUAAGCCCCAAGAUUUGCUGUGUCUUAGCAUUAUGAAUUUGGGAGUUGCAUGGUCUAUCAGUAACUGCGAACAAGUUUCAAUUUCAACUCUUGUCCGCCUGUCUUCAGAGAAGUGUCACACGUGGUCCCUAUAAAGCAGGAUUACACUACUGUAUUUCAAAACAGAAAGCUGUAUUUUUCUUUAAAGAUGAUGCUUUGGGUUUAUACUGCUGACGGAAUUUAGAUGUUAGGAUGGGGGACCAAUUACAAAUUCUACUAUUUAAAAGUUAGUCUUGUCAGAAUUAAUUCUGAUACAUCUAUUCAAUAAGUUAUUGUGAUCCCUUUUAGCUAUGCUGUUUUAUUUUGAAAUUGUUAAAUAUUGCACUUGCACAAAUAGCAUAACAAACGCACAGUUUUUUAUUGCAGUAUUUCCUUGUUUGGAAACACUUAAACUGUCUCUUUUGCAUACGUUAGAUGAAAUCUUUUCAACCUGUAGCUGUUCCUGGUUUGCAAAUACUUUGUAAUGCUCAACACACAUGUAAAAUGUCAAAGUGCAUAAGCUUUACAUUUUUAUACUUUUCCAGCUUUUGUGCUUUAAGGCGACCAUGUUUUUACUUUGUCUUGGAGUAUGAAGUUUAACAUAUAUUUCUGGCAGAAUGCAUAGUUUUAAAUAAGUAAAUUUUAUUGGUAUAAGAAGUCAGCCUUGGGCCAUCAAAACUUUCUCAUUUGAAUUGAUUUUUAAAUAUGGGGCAGUGAAGGAAGAAUUGGGACUAUUUAACCUAUUUGAUUCCAGUUUCAUUCAUCUGUUUCAAACUUUUACUCUGACAGUUUAAACUACUUUCUUCAUCAGACAUAAAGCUGACUUUCUUAAAAUGUUGCAUUAGUAUCUGGCAAUAGGCUAUCAAAACAAAUUGUUUCACUGCAAGGCAUAGUGGGGCUGUGUUGGGGAGAUCUUAAUCAACUACAUCUUUAAUUGCAAAGGGAAUACUGAAAACUGCUUUCUAGUUUUUUUUUUUUUUUUUUUUUUUUCUUUUUCCCCCCCUUCCCCUAAGCUUGCUAUACAUGGAGAGGCCCCUCAAAUAUUCUUGCUUUUUUAUUGUAAUUGUUCAUAAAAUGUGGAUAAAUCUGUUUGUCCACGUGUAAUGUAACUUACACUGGUAAGGUGGUAAAAGUCCAUCUUUGUGGUGCAAUAUUUCAGAGACCAUUUUCCAUAUAUGUCUUGACAUUGAAAUUAAUAUUUACUGUCAGUUGAUUACCAUUGUAUGUUGUAAGAAAUGGACAUUUUUUUUCUUACAAACAAGAUGUGCCUACUUCCUAUUGCAAUUUUUGGCAAUACUGAAUGAAAAAUGCUUGUUAUAGCUGUAUGACUUUUUACCUUUCAAGGAUGUGAAAUUGUAUGUUAGUCAAUAUAAAAUACUCAUCUCUUGUUUGAAAAUUGUGUGCAUGCUACUUUGUCUUUUUGGUAUCCAUAAAAUUUUGUAUACUAAUUUAAA